AUGGAACCCUCAUGCACCGAACAGCGCCGGCCCAGUCCCGGACCUUCGUAUUUUGGGAUGGACGUUUCGGAGCUUCUCCGCACCAUCACCAGACUUGACGCCCGAGCACUCCGGACGGAGCGAAUUCACGCGAAACUUGAGCAAGAGCACAGAGCUACUCAGGCGGCUUUGAAACAAGCCACCGAUGAGCUAGACCAAGUUUCCAGGCUGGCGGAGAUCUUUUACGAUCUCACUCUGAGAUUGGUAGACCAUAUGCUGGGGGAACGCCGAGCCAACGGGAAUGGUCAAGACCGGGAGUCUGCGAACGCAAUACUUGAUGCGGUGUUGAAAGAAGUCGAAAAGCGGGAGCCAGAGAGUGAGAGCGGCAGUAUUCACGAGAACUCGGCCGCCACGGGCGCGAGUGCUGCGGAAACGGAUAGUUGA